AUGCUGGAGUCCUCACAAUUUCUCUAUAUCUUGCGUGCAGAACAGCAACAUCUCGUGAAUGUCUCCGUCACUCUUCCAUCGGACGCCAAAUCAGCCUUCGAACUUCGUCUUAACGAGGCGUUUGCAUCAAGCAGCUUCAGCGAAACGGCUAAAGCUUGGAACGAGGAGAGGUCACGUAUUGUUCAGGAAGCGCUCGAACAACAUCUCCUCCCUGCGGCUGUCAAGUGGACUCGGGAAUAUAUCAGAGAGACGGCUGAAGAUUUUCUGGCUACGAUUUGUAGUGAUCGACUUAAGAAGCGGAUUGACUGUGCGCCAAUCGCUACGAGACACAUGAAUUUCGGCGACACUCCGUCCGUGCUCGCGGUUUCCUGGGGCAAGGGUGAUCCACAAAAGGAUGCUAUAACCAUCGUUUUUAUGGAUGACGAAGGUCGAAUGCGAGAAACCAUCAAGAUAGACAAUUUGGUGGACGCAGAAACAAGGGACGAAUUUAUCGAUAUCAUUCGACGGAGGAAACCCGAUAUCAUUGUCAUCGGAGGCUUGUCCAUGGCAACAACCAAACUUACCCAACGAGUGAAGGAAAUCGUCACCGGUAAGUCGCAAGCGGAAGGGGCUCCUGAAAAUGGCCCUCUUUUCGAUAUCCGAGUCCUCUAUGUGCCGGAUGAACUCGCUCGCAUCUACCAUCACAGUGAGCGAGGCAAAGAAGAGUUUGGCACUUUGUCACCUAAUGCAAGAUAUUGUGUUGGCCUGGCACGAUACGCGCAGAGUCCUCUGAUAGAGUAUGCUGCACUUGGUUCAGAUAUCACAGCAAUCUCGUUCAUUGAGGACGAUCAGCACUUGGUUCCACACGAAAAGCUUCUCUCUGCACUAGAACGUGCUUUAGUUGACGUCACUAACAAAGUUGGUGUCGAUAUCAACCGAGUCAUCACUGAUCGAUAUUACCGACAUCUGCUUCCGUUUGUCUGUGGUCUUGGUCCCAGAAAAGCUCGGGAGCUGGUGAACAAAAUUGACAGUUUGGGUGGAAGUAUCGCCAACAGAAACCAGUUCAUCAGGAGCAGUAUCUUGACCACAAAAAUAUUCCUCAAUGUUGCCGGGUUCCUCCGCAUCGCGCAAGAGCAAGAGGAUCUAAAAGCUAAACAUCGACCAGACGAUGAACAAGCUCCCGAUCCCUUAGACAAUACUCGAAUCCACUCAGAAGAUUACGAGCUGGCUCGCAAGAUGGCUACCGACGCUCUCGAAUUGGAUGAAGAAGAUAUCCAUGGCGAACAUCCGUCUCAUGUUGUUACUCUUCUCAUGCAAGACGAUGAAAGCGAGAAAAAACUUUCGGAACUCAACUUGGAUGAAUUUGCGAUCAGUCUUUAUGAAACUAAUCAAGAGCAAAAACGCCAUACUCUCAACGUCAUCCGGGAGGAAUUGUUGAGACCUUUUGCGGAGCAACGGGAGCCAUUCCCACCUGUCACCCCAUGGGACGUGUUGACAAUGCUGAGCGGCGAAACACCUAAAACCCUGCGAGUAGGACUUAUCACUUCCGUUCUUGUCUAUCGGAUUCGGGGAGGCAUUGCGUCUGUCCGACUUGACUCUGGUAUUGAAGGAUUCAUUAACAGCGAAUAUCUGGUCGACGAAAACGAUCAACCUGUACCUAAAGGCACCAGUAUACAAGGUGUCAUCAUUGAUGUCAAGCUCGACUUGGACGGUGAUUUCUUCACCGUCGAAUUAUCCACACGUCGUAGUGAUCUUGCUGAAGGCGAUGCCCAAUUCCGCAAGGUGACCCAUGAUACGAAUUGGGAUUUCAUACGCCACCAAAAGGACGACGAAAUACGCGACCGCAAGAAGAGGGCAGAGGUUGAUAAGAAGCGUCGCGUCAUCAAGCAUCCUAACUUUCACAACUUCAAUACUGCGCAAGCUGAGUCGUAUCUGGAUAACCAACAGCGGGGUGACAUCGUGAUUAGGCCAUCUUCGAAAGGCUACGAUCAUUUGGCGGUUACUUGGAAGGUUGACGAUGGGCUAUUCCAGCAUAUCGACGUUACCGAAAUCAACGCUGAUCCCACCGGUCAAACUACGGGCGGUCAACUGGUUGUGGACAACAGUCACACGUACGCUGAUCUGGACGAGCUGAUCGUCAACCAUGUCCAAGCUAUGGCUCGGCGCGUCGAAGAACUAAUGACACAUGAUCGCUUCAAGGCUGGCUCUGAAGAUGAACUACACCUUUUCUUAAAAAACCAGCUUGCUGCCAACCCAGCGAAGAGCAUGUACGGGUUCACACUGAAUCGCAAGAGACCAGGUCACUUCAACCUUUGCUUCCUUGCCAAUAAACAGUCUUCGGUUCAAACAUGGCCUGUACGUGUUGCUCCUGAGGCAUAUUACCUCUUUGAAGCUGCUGCUGUUGGUGUGCAGGAACUGUGUGACGCCUUCAAAGUUCGACACUUGCACGAGUCUCAGAACCUAGCAAAUGCUGCAGCUGGAGGGAAAACACCUUACGGUGGUCGGACUCCGGGACGACCGAGUGGCUUCGCUACACCGGGCCGAACAUCCGUCAGACCCGUGGGAAGGACACCAAACCCUUACGGUGGUGCUACCCCAGCACCCAACUAUGGGACGACUCCGUCAAACUAUGCAUCAACCCCCCAUGGCCAAACCCCACACGGUCAAACACCAUACGGGUAUGGUACACCAGCACAUCGCCCUCAGAAUCAGGGCUACCCGCCGCCCCCACCCCCGCCGUCUAAUUUACCUCAUGGAAUGAACGCUGCUCGUGCAGCUAUGAUUCAACAGUCGUCAGCAUGGGGUAAUCGAGGUUCCGGUUGGUCGUAG